AUGAGAAGCCCUACUUCCGUAAAAGAGGUUCAAAAGCUGGCAGGUAGAAUAACGGCGUUGUCCAGGUUCCUAUCAUGCGCAGGCGAGAAAGGUUUUCAUUUCUUCACAUCUCUUAAGAAAAACGAAAGAUUUUCAUGGACGCCUGAAUGCGAGGAGGCUUUCAAACAACUAAAGGAAUUCUUGGCAUCUCCGCCCAUCUUGACGCGCCCAUUACCAGGCAAUACUCUUUACCUUUAUCUUGCAGUUUCCGAUAGAGCCUUAAGUUCAGCUUUAGUUCAAGAGGUAGAGGGCGAAGAGAAGCCCAUAUACUUUGUAAGUAGAACCCUUAGAGGAGCGGAGAUAAGAUAUCAAAGGAUCGAGAGGCUAUCUCUCGCGGUAGUUGUCACGUCCAGGAAGUUAAGACAAUACUUUCAAAGCCACAAAGUAGUUGUUAGGACAGAUUACCCUAUUAAGAAUGUCCUCAGAAAGCCAGACUUAGCGGGAAGGAUGGUAGCAUGGUCCGUUGAGUUGUCAGAAUUUGACAUCACCUUCUCACCUAGAGGGGCCAUCAAGUCUCAAAGGUUGGCCGACUUUGUGUUAGAAAUGUCUAACCCGCCAAUAACUGAAAAAGCUUCGCCUUGGACCCUAUCGGUUGACGAAGCCUCCAACGUACGGGGAAGUGGAGCUGGAAUAGUAUUAGAGGGACCAGAUGGCGUUAUGAUAGAACAAUCAUUACGUUUCGCCUUUAAAGCUAGCAAUAAUCAAGUCGAAUACGAAGCUUUGAUAGCAGGAAUGAAGCUAGCGAAGGAUAUGGAAGUGAAGGAUUUGAGAGCCAUGAGUGAUUCCCAACUGGUUACCAACCAAGUAUCAGGAAAAUUUCAAACGAAGGAGCCACAGUUAAUCAAGUAUGUGGAGGGGGUACAAAAUCUAGCUAAAUGCUUCAACUCUUUCGAAUUAGUUUAUGUUCCCCGCGAACAAAACAUGAGAGCAGAUUUAUUGUCCAAAUUGGCGAGCACGAAAAAGCCAGGAAGUCAUAGAACUGUUAUCCAAGAAACCAUCAAAACUCCCAACAUUAGCGGAGAGGAUCUGAUGAUGGUAAUAGAAGAGGAAGAUUGGAGGUCGCCCAUAAUCCGAUACCUCCAAAAGGACGAACUCCCAAAAGAAAAGGAAAAGGCGUUCAAAUUAAAGAAGAUGGCGGCAUGGUACUCCAUGCCAUAUUGGUUCAAGAGCUUUAGCAGGAAAGAUAUUAAGAGUAGGUUUUUAUUGGCCGGAUAUACAUGA